GACAGGCUCGGAGUCACACGACCGCCCUUGAAGCCGCAUUUUUUGUUUCUUUCGCCCCAAUUCAAUUCCGUUGGCGGAUCUUGAUACAGAUCCCCACAUUUACUAAAACCAGGCUAACGAAAGAAGACAACCCAUCCCAGAAAGAGACAAAGAAGACACCAUGACAACCAAACGACCAUUAUCAGUAUCAUACGUUCAGGGACAGAGCUUAUGGAGAUUCCGUGCCGUCUUGUUGUUGGUUGUGUUAGUGGUCUCCACAAAGGCCGAAAAAAGAGGUGACAAUGACGGCGAUGAUCUUCUUCGGAAUACCAAGAUUAUCGGCGGAUCUCCCGUGUUAUUUGAUCGCGCUCGCUUUGAUUGGUUUGGGUACUGGGAUGUUGGGUGUGGGACCUCGCUCAUUUAUGAAGAUAUUCUGUUGACGGCAGCGCAUUGCGACCGACAAUUAACAAUGCCCGAUGCCAACACGGUCUACUUUGAUUCUCCCAUUUUGUACUUUGGAACGAGACGAACGGUCGUGGACCGAAGAGUCCAUCCCGCGUACAAUCCGCAAGAUGGAAUUUUUGACUUUAUGGUGGUCAAAAUCAAUCAAGCCAUGGUAGGGAAGCAACCGGUGGCACUGGCAUCCAAUAAGGAAAGUCACAAUCCAACCAUUGGGGAUAAGCUGGCGGUGAUGGGGUUUGGAGCUACCCGAGAAGAUGGUGGUAACUCGCCCAUUAUGCGAUAUGCCGAAUUGGAUUAUAUCCCACAUGAUAUAUGUGCUCAAUCCUACACGACUAUUGGAGUGGGUGUGGAUGAGCCCACCGAGUUUUGUUCGGGCGCUCGCGGAAAGGAUUCCUGCCAAGGAGACAGCGGCGGGCCCGUCGUAGACGAGAGUGGCGUUCAAGUUGGCACUGUGAGCUGGGGUGUGGGAUGCGCUAGACCUGGACUCUAUGGCGUCAAUGCCCGAGUCAGUGCCGCCUAUGAUUGGAUCCAAUUGCAGAUUUGUGAACUGUCGGACAAUCCACCCGCAACCUGCUUUGAUACAAACAAUGACAACGACAACAAUAAUAAUGACAUGCGCAACAACGGUACUAUUAUCAGCAACCAAAUGGAGGCACCACUAUUGGCUCUUACCAUUGAUAUUCUCUACGAUGCCUAUCCCGCUGAGGUUACUUGGACCUUGGUGGACGAAAAGAGUGGAGAAGUGGCCGCCAGUGGACAAGGUUUGGAAAACAAUGCCGGUCGACUGGUUUCCAGAACCAUCUUCAACCUUCAAGUGGGCAGCUACAGGUUCCAAAUCAAUGAUAGCUUGGGAGACGGGUUGUGUGGGGAUCAGGGUUGCGGGUUCUUCCAAAUACGAGACGCGCUGGGAACAGUACUCUUUCAAAAUGAUGGGCACUUCUACAAUGUUCUUUCAGCCAACAUUCCGGUUGGGAAUCCCCAAUCAAUUGCACCAUAGUAACAGGUGAAACCUAGCUAGACACAUGCUAUCAUGAUAAUGCUGUAGAACUUGCAUAACCCUCUC